CGGCGGUCACACUGCACUACAUUCAACGUGCUCAAAAUAAUUAUGUUGUUUUUCUGCCCAUCGUGCGGCAAUAUAUUGAUAAUUGAAGAGGAUACUGUUAGCCACCGCUUCACAUGUAACACCUGCCCAUACAUAUCGAAGAUCACGCGUAAGAUAUCAACGAAAACCUUUCCCCGCUUGAAGGAGGUGGAUCACGUUCUGGGCGGCAAGGCGGCGUGGGAAAACGUUGAUUCGACGGACGCGGAUUGUCCCUCGUGUAGCCACAAGAGAGCCUACUUUAUGCAAAUUCAAACUCGGUCGGCGGAUGAGCCCAUGACCACAUUCUACAAGUGCUGCAACCACCAGUGCGGGCACAAUUGGCGGGACUAAUGCGCUACC